AUGUACGACCCCGAGCGCGGCUGGAGCCUGUCCUUCGCCGGCUGCGGCUUCCUGGCCUUCUACUACGUCGGGGUGACCAGCUGCCUGAGCGAGCGCGCCCCGCACCUCCUUCGCCACGCGCGCAAGUUCUUUGGCGCCUCGGGGGGCGCGCUGUACUGCGCCCUCUACCUCGCCGGGAUCCCGCUGGAGCAGAGAUUGCAGAUACAGGUGGACCUCAUCCGGAGCGUCAGAAGCCGGAAAUUCGGGAUCCUCCACCCAGCCUUCAGCUUGAGCAAGUACAUCCGAGACUGUCUCCACAGACACCUCCCCGACAACAUCCACCAGCUUCUCUCUGGAAAGAUGGUCAUCUCACUUACCAGAGUGUCCGACGGAGAAAACGUGCUGGUGUCGGAGUUUCAUUCCAAAGAUGAAGUCGUGGACGCCUUGUAUUGUUCCUCCUACAUCCCUGUCGUCUUUGGCUUGAUCCCGCCUUCCUUCAGAGGCGUGCGAUAUGUGGAUGGAGGAAUAAGUGAUAACUUACCCUUCAUUGAUUCCAAAACAACCAUCACUGUGUCCCCCUUCUAUGGGGAGAGCGACAUCUGCCCCAGAGUCAAGUCCACGUUCUUACUUCACGAAGGCUUCACCAGGCUCAACAUGCACUUUUGCACAGAGAACCUCUACCUGAUGUUCCAGUCGCUCUUCCCCCCGGACGUCAAGGUGCUUGGAGAGCUGUGCCUUCAAGGAUAUUUAGACGCGCUCAGGUUCUUGGAGAAGAAUGGCAUCCGUGACGGGCCCCAUCUGUGCCUGAGCGCAUCCCCAGCAGAGUUGGAGCCAGAGGCGGAGCCAGAGAGCCUGGAGCCUUUUCUGGGCGUGGCCUCCUGGGAGGCGUGGCCUGAGCAAGAGGAGCUGCUGGAACGCUUGCGCCUCGGCGCGCUCUCCUGGGACAAGAGCCUCCUGGAGACCCUGUCGCCCAAGCUCACCAUGGCACUGAGGAAGGCAAUCAGAAACCGAGAUGGGUACAUAAACAAGAUUUUCAACUUCUUACCAAUUAAGAUCAUGUCCUAUGUGAUGCUGCCCUGCACGCUGCCCGUGGAGUCUGCCAUCGCUGUGGUCCAGAGACUGGCGGCGUGGCUUCCAGACAUGCCCAGUGACAUCCAGUGGCUGUGGCAGGCCACCUCCCACGUGUGGUCUCAGGCCGCGGUGCGUCUGCUCCCCGCUUCCAGAUCCCAAAUCCCAGCAAGCGGCCAACAGCCUUCCUCCACAAACCGCAACACCAUGGGCGCCACCAGGCUCCCUGCUCCUCCGAGGACGCACAGAGGCCAGAGCUGACAUCUGUGAUGUACGCAGAAUGACCUCCGUGCUGAGUUUGUAGUGUCCUGAAACCAAAGGCAAUCUUUCUGUCUUACAAAAAGCUAGGAGGCGACUCUUGGUGUGUGCAGUGGGUGCGGAGCUCAAGGAUACCCAGGAUAUGAGUCUCUAAGUAUUGUCGGCUUGGUAGGGAAACCGCACAAGGGAGACAGGCGUGGGGGCAUCAGUGGCUGACUUGUCACCCACACAGCUGUCCCACGGAAGGUUCCUAGGACGGCUGGUGUUUGGAUCGGGGAACCUUGCGGCGGGGGGCUGGGCUGCCCUUUGUGCAGUCUCGGGGGUUGCGGGGGAGGACGGUGGUCCCAUCUCUCCAUACAGGAAGCAGUAAGUGGGGGGCGAGGCAGGCUGCCAUCCUCCCAAGGACACCCCUGGUUAGGGGGGACAUUAUGAGGUGGUAACUUACUUGCGCUCUGAUACAUCUUUCUGACCUAUUCUAAAUAUUUGGUGGAGUAAUAUUAAACAUAACUCUCGGUAGGCACUGAGAGAGGGCAUCAGAGGGCAGACACGCUAAAACCAUAAUCACAGAAAACUAGCCAAUCUGAUCA